AUGGACGCUUCACCAAGGAGCACCAGCAGUGACGAGGAGCCACAACGCUGCACCCCGGCCCGGAGCCACAUCAUGUUCUAUGUCCUCGCAACCAUUGCGGCCGUGGUUCUGUAUGUGGUUGGCAUCAUGCCCAACAAAGCUACAGAGGCACCGGCCCCUGAUGUGGUUCAGAGGCCAUUGGCUCAUGCUGAAAUAGAGAUGUCGGACGUUGCCGCGCUUUCAACCCAUGCACCACAGCCAGAGGAGAAGUCACCGUUCUUCAAAAUGUUACCAGAGAAGGUGCAAGAUUGGUACUUCGAAGAGAAGCGCAAUCUCAAGCAGCAGAUGCAUAAGACGCAGGUAACGUACUACAAGAGUCCACAUCACUUGGUGCACACCAACGCCGAUCAGUUCCUCAAGUCACAGCCCGAGUUGCAAGCGCAGCAAAUGCGGAGCAUUGCGGAGCGCGAAUCGGUGCUAGAUUUCAAGAGACUGGGCUCUGAAGUAGAGACCCAGCCGAAUUCAGCGGUGCGUCCCAUGGCGCCGCCAAAGCUGCCGGCCAUCCAUGGCAGGCCUGGCAUGGAGAAGUCAGCGUCCAUGCCUCGCAUUGAAGCGCCGCAUCCGCUCACGGUGCCCAGCUUCAGACGCCCCGACGUCUCGGGCCAGCUCCAGGAGAUCGGACAACUUUCUAGCAAGAUUGUCGGACCUGGUGGCAUCAGCAAGAAGAUGCGGGCACUGACUGCAUCCUCCAGUACACCUGACUUGCGAGGAGGUGUGAAGACGAGUGAGCUGGUGCGGCAACCUGUACCUCAGGUCGCCCCGCUGCAAGAAUCGCAGAGCAGCAGCCCGCCGAGAAAUGCAGGAGGUGCAUAUCCUGCCCCAGUGGCAGCCGCUCCAGAGCCUCCGAAAGAGGAGAAGCUGGAGUACAUGAAGCCAGCGGAAGCGGCACAUUACAACUUCCGAAAUCUGCCACUAGAGAUCUUCGAUCACGCUCCAGACUUUGAGGUGAAAACUCCUCAGGAAUGGAUGAAAGAGGUGCUGAAAGAUACCAGCCGUCCGCAGGCAUGCGUGGUACAUUACAAGAACAAAAAAUGGACCAUGGUGCGCUGCUGGGUGCUGCGCUACGAGGAAUCCAUCAACAGAUAUAUCGUGGAGCUGGAAGAUGCGAGCCAAAAAAAGGUGAAGAGAUUAUCUCUCAGAUUCAAUGCAGAAGACCCGAAGAAUUUCGAAAAGAGGGUCGAGACUUGCCGGGCGAGAAAGGCGCAUUGCGAAUUGCAAGAAGCCUUCAUUGAUUACAUCGAGUACAAAGAUGACAAACUUGUAACUCCGAUGCCACGCUCAGAGAAGGAGUUUUUCAUCAGGGCAUGUCUGGAACGGUGUAGCUUGGAAGAACCCAACGGGCAUGGGAGCACCAUACGGGAACUCAUGCAAGAGGUGGAAGAGAACUACAUCCUCUGCAUGAAGCUGUUCAACGUGAAGGUUGAGCUGAUUCCACUCUUUGGCACGAAGGAGGCAUUCCUCCCAGAUGAGUCCAACGAGUUCUCGAUGCAGUUUGCAUCUGUAAUGAAAAGUUUUCUACCACUACAAUGCCCUGAAUCUGGACUGGUAGAGCAUGCUCAGCCAGAGAUGGGCGUCAAGCAGCUUGUUGCGGAGAUGCUGCAGAUGCCUUUGCUCGGUUCCAGCGUUUUUGCCAUCACCAGCCAGGUCUGGCGGCGCUACAUCAACGAAGUGGCCCGGAUGGAGCUGGUGGACACCACACGUGUGGGUGGCGUGGAUGUGACACGACAACGGAAGCUCAUCAAGAACGGAGACUCGAUCAUUUUCGAGCCCAAGGACAUGUUUGAGCACCAGAAGAACCACAUAGAAAGAAUAACCAACCAUUUGAAACGUGGCUGGCGGGACUACAUCAUAGCAGAGGUCUUGGACAAGCUGUCCGACGACUACAAUUUUUUCAGCGACGACUUUGAGAAACACAUGCAAAGUCCGCUCCACGCACUGCUUCGCAAGUUGGACUUGAUCAUCAACUCCCAACUUCGAUGGUCCACAGCUUGCACUGCAUCGUUGGUUCGAUGGAACAUGACGGCAGAUAUUUUAAGAUCUUCUUAG